UUUUCUGGUCCUAGAACAGCCGCGCUACCGAUUGGAUGUCCUUCUCGCUCUCGCCGCCCAGCCGUGACGUUGUCUGCGCGUUGUCUGCGUCACCGCUUCCCGCACUGCUCGUCUGCUGGCCGACAACGCCCCCAUCGACACAUCGAUCCUAGGACCGACAAUCACGCACUGCCUGGCGACAGACAAUGCAGUUGAAUGCACGUGUGCAUUGUCUGCCUAGCUCUCGGCGAUUGUGCGGGGUAAGCGCCCGCUGCCAGGCUUCCUCCGCAUGUCAGCACGGCGAGAGUAAUCAAAAUUGUGCCGCCGCGAGCUCGCUUUUGCGUGAGCACUUCUACGUGCUCGGUCUCAUAUGCAGCUUUUCUCAGCAAGGUUGUUACGGUUUGUUCACCUUCGCCUGCGCCCCGGUGUUGGGUCAACUACCCUCAACUCAGAAACAAGGACUUUCCUUAUUAUCUUGUGAGAGAUAUAUCGGAUGCAAAACUACUACCCGCUUGUGGCAGAGACCUAGAGAUAUGAUGCAUCGCGACAGACGCUCUGGAGAACGCUUCUCUCCUUGAAAAACUACUGAAGAAUUAUUGUCGGCGUUUUGAUGCACGAGGAAUGUUGAGAAAAUUCGAUGGCUCGCGGGGCGAUGGCCGCGUCUUGGGAGACACCAAGCACAUAUAUCCAU